AUGGCGGUAACUUGGAUCAAACAGCCUCACUACAAUAUACUGACGUCAGGGAAGCGAACUUUCAUCCGCGACGACCGAUUCCAGGCGCUUGACGGCGGCAGGACCGGGGACUGGGCAUUACAGGUCAAGUCGGUUGAACUUGGCGACGGUGGAACUUAUGAGUGCCAGAUCUCUACGGGCACUGGGGUGAUCUCGACAUACGUCAAUUUGAGCGUCAUGAAGCCAGUGGCAACAAUCAACGGCAGUAAAGACAGGCACGUAGAUCUCGGCUCGACGAUUACGUUGCAAUGCACCAUCACGAAGAUCAUGCUUUCAACUUACUCAGCGCUAGGCUGA